AUGUUUAUAUAUUGUUCACUAUCGUAUUUUAUUCGUCAAUGUAUUCAUAAUCAUAUUAUUCUUGGUAAUGAAGCACAACAACCAACAAUAUUAAUAUCAUACGGAGUAAUAGUUCAUAUAAAUAGAUAUGUUCUUCAAUAUUGGAGUUCAAAACCAGAUAUCAGAGUAGCGCCAUUUUCACCAUUCGACAUUUUUAACUUUCGACGUUUAAUAGUAAAAUCUCAUCGUAUUUUCCUAGAAGGAGUUAUUGCACUCACACUUUCAGAUGAUAAUAAUACAUUUGUUCAAUCUCAACUUUUUCUUUCUUGUUAUCCAAUUCAACAAUCAACACAAUUACAAUCACUUACAUUGAUUGAAAUUGAUAUUAAAUCAUUAAAAUCUAUUUCUUCGAUGUUAGAGAAACUUCGUCACUUACGUUCAUUUUCAUUUAAUAUUGAAACUAUGAGACAAAGAUUUUCAGCAUGA